AUGACGACGUUGACAACCAACACUGUUUCAAAACGAAAACAAAGACCAUAUAAACGGAUAACUGAGUUCGAAAACGAGAUAGUUCCACGUCUGUACAAUGAAUUAAGAAAACCUUGUCUAGUCGUCGAAAAUACAUUAUCUGUCGGUUAUGGCGAAAUGACCACAUUUUAUCGUUCCUUACCAAACAAAACCAGUCAAGCUCGUCGUAUUAAUACAACAUUACAGGCGGCUGGAAAAAUCCGUUCUCCUUCACCUAACAAUUCUACGACAGUAGCAACAACAAAUCAAACUAAUUCAUCUCCAUCUUUUCCGAUCGAUCGAAAAUCAAAGAGUUUUGAUGAUGUUAUUAUUACUGAUCAAAAUAAAGAUGUAACUGCUUCUCAGCCUUUGUCAUCAACAGAAUAUCAUCAUAACGCCAAUGAAAAAUUAUCUGAAUUAUUAGAAAAACUAUUUAGUUUACAUACUGCAACCCAGGGAAAAAUUCUAAUGUUAUUUUUCUCUGUCACAAAUACUUUAACGUCAUCUAAACCACUAACGAACCCACCACUCGUAAGUCUACAGAAAAUUAUUCAAAAAUUGUUAAUUCGUUUCUCAUUAAAAACGUGUCAAAAAAGUGCAACAACAACAACACUUUCUGCCUCUAAUCAAAGCACUAUGGUUUCAAAAUCAUCUAAAGAUAGUAGAAAACUUUAUGGAAAUACGGUUACAACAAUCUUGACCACACAACAAUCUCAACAACGACCAUUGACAAUGAGUGACCGUAAAAGUGAAAAAAAUGACAACGGCCUUGGACGAAAAUUUCAGAUCGAACGUCUAAAGCCUACUGAGGUUGUUAUACAAAGACUGGAACAUAACUGUCGUUCAUUUCGAUUAACUGGCAGCUUUAAUGACAGUAACGGUACGAAACCGUUAUUUCGAAUGUCUGAUCGUGAUGGUGUGAGACUGAAGCUUAUUGUUGGGUUGACCCUUCGGCGUGGUGAUAUACCUGUACCAUUAUAG